AUGGGAACUUUGACUUCUUCGUCCCCUUCCCCAAGAACAGAUGAAACGUCUCUGCUGUUGAUCAUCGUCGUCAUCGUGAAGCUCCGGCUCCGAUCUCUGGAAUCCAAGGAAACCCUCAAGCUCGACGUCCCCGACCCCUGCUCCCUCCCCCAGCUCCGCCAGAUCCUCGCCGACCGCCUCCCCCCUCCGCCGCCGCCUCCCGGCUCCUCCCUCCGCCUCUCCCUCAACCGCACCGACGAGCUCCGGUCGCCGGACCCCGCCGGUUCCCUCCAGUCCCUCGGCCUCGCGUCCGGCGACCUCGUCUAUUACUCCCUCAGUCGGGGAGAUGAUAGCUCCUCGAACCCCAAUUUCUCUGCAGGUGUAUCGAAUCGGGUCUCUCGAGGUCACGCGGACAUGGAUUCCGAAGGUUCGCCACAUUCGGAGAUGAUCGAUUCGGUUCCUGAAGAUGAUGCGCGGGAAGUUGAUGCUUCGGGAAGCGCCAAGGAGCGAGGAAAUUCUGUCUCUGGAAGUGAUGAUUUUGAUGGGGAGGGUUUCGUCGCCGGGGAUGGGUCGGUUGUGGUUCGCAGUAGGUUCUCCGAGCCUUACUUUCUGAGGAGGGUUUUGAGGGAAGAACUGGAUGGCGACGGCGGUGACCAUAGGCUUCUGGUUAUUGCGGUGCACGCGGUCCUGCUGGAAUCCGGUUUCGUCGCGGUCGAUCCGGUGACCGGAAUGCGUGCCGACCGGUUUCAUCUCCCUGGUGAAUGGCCGUCUAGGGCCUUUACCAUCUCGUCGCAGUACAGUCUGCCCGAGCUUGUUGUGGAUAGGACACAGAGUCUGAAUAUGCCUGAGAGUGCUGUUCUGAAGUUUCAGAGUCUAGGUCAUUUCAUAACUGUGUAUGGGUCUCUGGCUAAGGCCAAGUCGGGGUUGCGUAGGAUCUGUUUGGAUGAGCGUAGGUUUGCUCCUAUUAUAGACGUGAUGUGGGCGAAGGACAGUGUGGAAGGGAAUGAGGAUGGUGGCUCUUCGAGUUUGAGUUCCGAAAAGGAAGUGUUUGAGUUUUGGAGGAUUGUGAAAGGCGGUUUGGCAUUGCCUCUGUUAAUAGACCUGACCGAGAGGGUUGGUUUGCCGCUUCCAUCCUGUUUUACACGCCUUCCAACGAAACUGAAGCUCAAGAUUAUCGAAUCGCUUUCUGGUAUCGACCUUGCGAGAGUAGGGUGUGUAUGUUCGGAACUUCGGUAUUUGACAUCUAAUGAUGACUUGUGGAAGCAGAAGUAUGUUGAGGAGUUUGGACCGCGGAUAGAAAGCCGAGAGACGAUCAAUUGGAAGCAGACUUUCACAUCGGAGGUGAAGAAGAAGAAGAGGAAGAGGGAGAUUCGUUGGUGGCGUCGUGUGGACGGGCGUUUCUACUUUGGGAUCAGGAGGGAUCCGAACCCUUUCAUUGUUCCAGGAAUUCUAGGUGGAGAUUAUGACCGCCUACCUGGUCUUGGGGUUCCUCCUCCUUUUGGCCAGCCAUUUCGUCGAGUUCAAUUCCGGCGGAACAUCACCCCCAACUGCAAUCUGGGAGGACUUAGUGGCUGACAUGAGUUGGGUUUUGAACAGAUCUUAAUUGACUGUCAAGCGGUGGCUGCUGAGAUAUGGUGGCUUUGGAGGCAUCUGUGAUUGGCCACUAUUGUGUACAGGUCUAUGUUUUUAGCAAGAUAAACAUGUGUUAGUAGAAUAAUGUAGAGGUUGAAUUUUCACUGUUGCUUUGUACUUUCUUAGUGUGCUGGAGGUCUCCUUCCCCACCAUGCGGCUAGCGCAUCCUUUUCCUUGGAAAUAAUUCUUCAGUCUUUGAAGAACUUCCAAUGAAGUUGAUGAAACUUGACCUGCAUAUCUAAGUAUCACUAGUUGUUAUUGGA